GUAUGGUUCCAGAACGCUCGGGCCAAGUGGCGGAGGAACAUCCUGAAGCAGGAACACGAGCGCCACGUUGGGGACAAGAUGAAGGAGCAGUCGGGGCUUCUGGCUGACCUGCGACCUGUGGACUCCCUGGGACCCGGUCUCACCGACCUCUACGCCAUGUCCUCGGGAGAUGAGGGCAGCCAGUCCUUGCAGUUCACGGACAUGUGUCAGUAGGAGGACGACGCUGGAGAGUGAGAGGAGGCCAGGGGUGAGGGGAGUGAGAGGAGGCCAGGGGUGAGGGGAGUGAGAGGAGGCCAGGGGUGAGGGGAGGCCAGGGGUGAGGAGAGGCCACAGGUAUUCACAACUGGGUCGAGGGGGAGUGUAAAUAUUAGAGUUAUCCCCGAGUAGUGUUGAGCUGCACUUAAUGGUAAUGGCUAGCACGAGGGGGGGGGGAGAGAAACCUCACCUUGCCAGGUCAGAAUUUUACAUUGAAGGAAAUGAUUUAACUUUUUUAAUUUGAUAAGCAUUUCCAUCCUUUCAUUUCUUACCUCCAUUCCGGUUAAUCACGACAGCUCAAUGAUAGAGUUAUCGUGAUUCAUUGCCCUGAAUUGAUAUCAACUUUGCGAUCUGACAAAGGAUAUUUUUUCUGACAAUUUACUGAAACCCGAUAAACAGAUGAUACCUCAAGAGCACUGACAGUAAGGUAAACCCAAGGUGAAGCCCAAGGACCAGCGGAGAUUUCACUCAGAUGGGAACCAAGGGAUGAAACUGUGUGUUCUUCGCAGCCUCCUUGCUUCCUUGUAGGGUCGACCCAGAGUCGAGUGUCAGGGCAACAUCUCUCUGAUUUAAGAACUGCUUGUCGGGAGGCAGAAUUUGGUUAAAUAUAUAUAUAUGGCUGUGUUAGGUUUGCACAACAUCAAGUUCAUUAAUGCUGCCGCUGAUGUGAACUAGUAGAAGGAUAGGUCGCACGGCUACCCACUUCAGCAGGGUGUAGGCUGAGGCAGGGUGUGGGCUGAGGCAGGGUGUGGGCUGAGGUAGGACAAAGGGAGGAGCCUCACCGUAAAAGAGGCCUGAUCAUGUGAUACAGGUAAAGAACCUCAUGGCUCCCUGUCAGUGUGAAACAAUAGACCAAAGAUUAGCGAGACGCAUCAAGCACAAGUCAAUGAGGCCAUAGUGCCAUGAAGACUGACUUGUACUGGGCUCAGCUUGGAAAAAAAAAUCCUUUUCCUGCAGUCAAUUUUGGAGAGUCCGACUGUGCAAGAAA